ACGAGUCUCAUUGUUUUGAUGAACCCAUAGAAGGGGGCCCUGGAAGAAAUUACACGUAGGUGGUUUUGUCUGUCACCAGGAGGGUUUAAGACGUGCCUGGGCCCCUUGCUUUAUUUCUAGUGCAUUCCCAGGUGAGGCAGAUGCUGCUGGCUGGGGACUGACCUUUGGAAGCCACUGCAAUAUUUAAAGUGACUGUACCACUACUCUAGUCACAAAGCCUACCGCCCCCCUCCCCGGGAGCUUAAGCGUCAAGUCAACGGCUCUGGGGUUAGGCCUAGGCCACCUGGCGGCAGCAUUUGCCUAGUUAAGAAGGCCUGGGCUUACAAACCAUCGUAAAGGACUAAAACUGUUUAAAUGGAAACCAAAUGCCAAAUUUAGUCUAAAAGUGCUUGAUUGAGGUGUAUAUAGAAGGUGAUUUGGAUAACACUGAAGUAUUUUAAUUUUCCGGACUGCAAAACAGUGGCAGAAGGAAGUGACUCAAGUGGCUACAGCACGGUUAUAAAUAGGUGGGAAUAACCUUUACUGGUGCUUACGAGGAAAUAAAAAGAUCAAUGUGAGGGGAGGGGCGCGACGCGAACGGCAAGCUAGUAGAGAACCACCCGAACCGGCGCCCGCCAUGGUGGGCGGGGGAACGGUUGCGGCCGGAACGCGGACAUGCGCUUCCGGGGUGGGGCCUGCCGUCCGCAAGCACGCUCACCUCCGUUGCGCCUGCGCCCUGGCCUCCCGGGAUUCUGUUAACGGUAGUGGCGGCUUGUUGGGAUCCGCUGAGUGAUGGGAGUGUGUGCUCUUUAACUUCGGAGAGAGAUGCGCUCUCGUGUAGCCGUCAGGGCCUGCCAUAAGGUCUGCAGGUGCCUGUUGUCUGGGUUUGGGGGUCGAGUAGAUGCGGGGCAGCCGAAGCUGUUGACGGAAAGGAGUAGCCCCAAAGGAGGGCACGUGAAGUCGCACGCGGAGCUCGAGGGGAACGGCGAGCACCCAGAAGCCCCCGGGUCUGGAGAGGGAAGCGAGGCGCUGUUAGAGAUCUGUCAGAGAAGGCAUUUCCUAAGUGGAAGCAAGCAGCAGCUUAGCCGGGAUUCUCUUCUGAGUGGGUGCCACCCCGGCUUCGGACCCUUGGGCGUAGAGUUGCGGAAGAACCUGGCCGCAGAAUGGUGGACCUCGGUGGUGGUGUUCAGGGAGCAGGUAUUCCCGGUGGACGCCCUCCACCACGAACCAGGCCCUUUGCUACCCGGGGACAGUGCCUUCAGGUUAGUUUCUGCAGAAACUCUACGCGAAAUCUUGCAAGACAAAGAGCUGAGUAAGGAACAGCUAGUAGCAUUUCUUGAGAACGUAUUAAAAACUUCUGGGAAACUACGGGAGAGCCUUCUUCACGGUGCCUUGGAACACUAUGUUAAUUGCCUGGAUCUGGUAAACAAGAGGCUACCUUAUGGCCUUGCUCAGAUUGGAGUGUGUUUUCAUCCUGUUUUUGACACUAAGCAGAUACCAAAUGGUGUUAAAAGAAUUGGUGAGAAGACUGAAGCUUCAUUAGUAUGGUUUACUCCUGCAAGAACUUCAAACCAGUGGCUUGAUUUCUGGUUACGUCAUCGACUCCAGUGGUGGAGAAAGUUUGCCAUGAGUCCAUCUAACUUCAGCAGCAGUGACUGUCAGGAUGAAGAAGGCCGGAAAGGAAACAAACUUUACUACAAUUUUCCCUGGGGAAAGGAGCUAAUAGAAACCCUGUGGAACUUAGGAGAUCAUGAACUUUUACACAUGUAUCCUGGCAAUGUGUCUAAAUUACAUGGCCGAGAUGGACGAAAAAAUGUGGUUCCUUGUGUUCUGUCUGUAAAUGGGGACCUAGACCGAGGCAUGCUGGCCUACCUCUAUGAUUCUCUCCAGCUGACAGAGAACUCCUUUACAAGAAAGAAAAAUCUUCAUAGAAAGGUACUUAAACUUCACCCUUGUUUAGCCCCUAUUAAGGUUGCUUUGGAUGUAGGAAGAGGCCCCACAUUGGAACUAAGACAGAGACUCCUUCAGCAGUCAUCAUUUCUGUCUGGGUGAUUGAGACCCAGCCCAAACCUGAAUGCGGACACUAAAAAGAUUUAAAGACUUUGAGAGUCCCCCAGCUUUCUGACCCUGGCUUUUGUGGAGAGGUCUGGGAAGAUGGGAGAUAGUGAGCUCAAAGAAGGAGAAGAUAAUGGCUUAUGUCCCACAUUUUCUCCCAGGGUAUGGAAGCUUCCCUAAUACCCUUAUAAGCUAGAAAGCUCCUAGGAUGCUGUAGCUCAGUCACCAUUUAAUAACGUCUGGAGAGAUUUGUGGUUGUCCUAAGAGUGGGAGGGUGCUGCAGGCCUCUCCUGGAGGCCAGGAAUGCUGCUGAACA